AUGGCUCCUGAUGCUUCCAAGGCGCCCGUUGUGGCAGAGGCGCAUGAAGUCGACACUUACCAUCCUCCCCAGAAGAUGCUCGACAAGCAUCCCAGCAAGCCUCAUAUAGCCAACCUCGAGGAGUACCAGCAGCUCUACAAGGAGAGUAUCUCGGAGCCCAAGCAAUUUUGGGCGCGGAUGGCACGAGAGCUCUUGACAUGGAACCGAGAUUUUCAAACUGUCUACUCUGGGAGUCUUUCUGCUGGUGAUAGUGCCUGGUUCCUCGAGGGCGAGCUCAACGCCUCAUAUAACUGCGUCGACAGGCAUGCACUCAAGGAUCCGAACCGAGUGGCCAUCAUAUACGAGGCGGACGAUCCGAGCAGCGGCCGAACCUUGACCUAUGGCGAGCUGAUGCGCGAGGUUUGCAGGACAGCCCAUGUUCUCCGUCAGAUGGGUGUUGGCAAGGGGGACACUGUGGCCGUGUACCUUCCCAUGAUCCCCGAGGCGCUUAUCGCAUUUUUGGCCAUUACGCGCAUCGGCGCUGUACAUUCCGUGGUCUUUGCAGGUUUUUCGGCUGAUUCGCUCCGUGACCGCGUUGUUGAUGGCCAGUCCAAGGUCGUUAUCACUACCGACGAGGGCAAGCGCGGUGGCAAGCUGAUUGGUACCAAGCGCAUCGUUGACGAGGCCCUGAAGAAUUGCCCAGAUGUCAGUCACGUGCUGGUUUACAAGAGGACGGGCGCCGAUGUCCCCAUGAUGCAGGGGCGCGAUUUUUGGUGGCACGAGGAGGUUGAGAAGUGGCCAAAUUACAUCCCGCCCGUCCCCAUGAACUCGGAAGAUCCCCUAUUCCUCUUGUAUACGUCCGGUUCCACAGGCAAGCCAAAGGGCGUUAUGCAUACCACCGCCGGCUACCUAUUGGGUGCCGCCAUGACGGGCAAGUAUGUCUUUGACAUCCACGACGGGGAUCGAUUUUUCUGCGGCGGUGAUGUUGGUUGGAUCACGGGACACACAUACGUCGUUUACGCUCCUCUGCUUCUGGGUGUUUCAACGGUCGUGUUUGAAGGCACGCCAGCAUAUCCAACGUUCUCUCGCUACUGGGACAUUAUCGAACAACACAAGAUCACCCACUUUUACGUUGCCCCGACUGCUCUCAGGCUGCUGAAGCGUGCAGGAGACCAGUGGGUCAAGCAUGAAAUGAAGCACCUUCGGGUCCUGGGCUCUGUCGGAGAACCCAUUGCAGCCGAGGUGUGGAAAUGGUACUUCGAAGUCGUUGGAAAGGAACAGGCGCAAAUCGUGGAUACCUACUGGCAGACAGAGACGGGAUCCAAUGUCAUCUGCCCUCUCGCUGGUGUCACACCUACAAAACCAGGCUCUGCUUCGUUGCCUUUCUUUGGCAUCGAACCUGCCAUCAUUGACCCCGUAUCGGGUGAAGAGAUCCACGGCAAUGACGUUGAAGGAGUGCUUGCUUUCAAACAGGCAUGGCCCAGCAUGGCGAGGACAGUGUGGGGUGCCCACAAGAGGUAUAUGGAGACUUAUCUGAAAGUCUACGAUGGAUUCUAUUUCACUGGAGACGGUGCUGCACGGGACCACGAAGGGUUCUAUUGGAUCAGAGGCAGGGUGGACGACGUUGUUAACGUUAGUGGCCACCGACUGUCAACAGCGGAGAUUGAAGCUGCGUUGAUUGAGCAUCAUUAUGUUGCCGAGGCUGCAGUGGUAGGUAUUCAGGAUGAGCUCACGGGUCAGGCAGUGAAUGCCUUUGUGUCGCUGGCCGACCAUGUUACAACGGACAACGAUGAGGCUCUGCGGAAGGAACUCAUCACCCAGGUGCGGCGUAGCAUUGGGCCCUUUGCGGCACCCAAAGCCGUGUUUGUCGUCCCAGAUUUACCACGAACGAGGAGUGGCAAGAUCAUGCGCAGGAUUCUGAGAAAGAUCCUCGCCGGCGAGGAGGACCAGCUUGGUGAUGUUAGCACUCUUUCGGACCCGACGGUGGUUGCUAGAAUCAUCGCUGCCGUCCAUGAGUCCAAGAAGAAGUAG